CGCUCCGGCUCCUCCUCAGGUUUCUUCUCUCCGCCCGCCGGCUGCUGGCUGUGGCGCCGCCUCCUUGGCUCUCUUCCUCCCUGGUUCCCUCCCUCCCGGUCGGUGUUUGGGCCCACUCUGCGGCCUCUGUUCGUCUCCUCUCGCUUUUUUUUCUCCGCUUCUUCUCGAGUCUCCGAGGAGUUCGCAGCCGCGGGGCGCCCGGAAAGAUGGCGGCGGCGGUGGGCGACGACGGCGGCGAGGGGGGCCCGAGCCUAAGCGUGGCAGAGCCGCGGCCAGAGCUGGGGCCGGAGUCGGAGUCUGAGGCGGGCCCGGAGCCCGGGCCCGAGCCGGGGCCAGAGUCUGGGCCGGAGCCCGGGCCCGAGCCGGAGCGGGAGUCGGGGCCGGAGCCCGGGCCUGAGGAGGGCCCGGAAUCGAGGCCGAAGCCCGAGCCGGGACCCGAGUCGGAACAAGAGCCCGUGUCGGAGCCGGGGCCUAAUCUGGGGCCUGAGCCAGGGCCGGAGCCGGGCCCGGAAUCGGAGCCGGGCCCAAAGUCGGAGUCGGAGCCGGAGCCGGGGCCACCCGAGCCGAGCAGCUCCGCUGAGGCGCCCGAGGGCGGCCGGAACCUCGCGCCCGCGGCGCUGCCCCCCGAGGAGGUGACCGCGCGGCUGCAGCGGAUGCGGCGCGAGCUGACCAACCGCAGGAAAAUCCUGGUGCGAAACCUGCCCCAGGACUGCAGCUGCCAGGAAAUUCAUGAUUUGAUGAAAGACUAUGAGUUAAAGUACUGUUAUGUGGACAGAAAUAAACGAACAGCUUUUGUUACCUUAUUGAAUGGGGAACAAGCCCAGAAAGCAAUUCAGAUGUUUCAUCAAUAUUCUUUUCGAGGAAAAGACUUGAUAGUCCAGCUCCAGCCAACAGAUGCUUUGCUGUGUAUUACCAACCUGCCCAUUUCUUUUACAUUAGAAGAGUUUGAAGAACUUGUUCGUGGUUAUGGAAAUGUUGAAAGAUGUUUUCUGAUCUACAGUGAAAUUACUGGCCAUUCCAAAGGCUAUGGAUUUGUGGAAUACAUGAAAAAGGACUUUGCUGCAAAGGCUAGAUUGGAUCUGUUGGGUAAACAGUUAGGGGAAUCAGCACUCUUUGCACAAUGGAUGGAUGUUAACCUAUUGGCCUCAGAGCUCAUUCAUUCUAAGUGCCUUUGUGUAGAUAAACUCCCUGGUGACUACACGGAUUCAGAAGAGUUGUUGGAAUAUUUUUCCAGUGUCCAUAAACCUGUGUUUUGCCAGCUUGCACAGGAUGAAGGUAGUUACGUUGGUGACUUUGCAGUGGUUGAAUAUAGCACGGCAGAGCAAGCUGAAGAGGUUCAGAGAGCAGCAGAUGGUAUGACCAUCAAGGGAAGCAAAGUCCAUGUUUCCUUCUGUGCCCCAGGAGCACCAGGGCGAAGUACAUUAGCAGCAUUGAUAGUUGCUCAACAUGUGAUGCACAGUAAUCAAAAGGGCCUACUUCCAGAGCCAAAUCCAGAACAAAUUAUGAAAAGUUUAAAUAACCCUGCCAUGUUACAAGUUCUUUUACAACCCCAGUUGUGUGGACGAGGUGUUAAACCAGGUCUUGGAGCACCACACAACUUGCCACCUUUGAUGAAUCCCUCUGUCUCUUCAGCACUCUUACAAUUGAAUAAAGCACAUCAGAAUCUUUCUCAUGUACCAAUGACACAGCAACAGUUUAUGAAGUUUGAGAAUAUCCAUAUUAAUAAGAAACCUGGUUUACUUGGAGAAGCCCCACCUAUGGUACUUCAGAACGCAUUAGGGAGAGGGUCAUCACGUCCAUUGAAAACGGAAUUGGGACAUCCUGGUGAAGCACAUAAAAGUAGAAUGGGAAUGUUACCAUCCUUUCCAAAUCAGCACAUUGGUGGACAUGCUGGGCCUGGGCAUGGUAGUACUCAAGAGAAACACUCAGCCACUGUGGGAAUUACAGAAGGAAAUUUCUCUGGAUCUCAAAACUAUCCAAACCCCACUACUGGAGGCUUGGUGGCAGGACACCAGAAACAGCAAAGUCAGACACAAGGCACAGAGAUAAAUUCAGAGGCUGCCUCAAAGAAUCAGACUUCCCUCCUGGGAGAACCACCAAAAGAAAUCCGGCUCAGUAAAAAUCCAUAUUUGAAUUUGGCAAGCGUGUUGCCCAGUGUAUGCUUAUCAUCCCUUGCAAAUAAAACCACUCUGCGUAAGACUGGAAUUGCAAGCAACAUUCUGGAUGCAAUCUCUCAGGGAAGUGAAUCACAACAUGGCUUGGACAAGUGUGUUUCUUACUCUCCACCUUAUGGUGAUUAUGCACACGCAUCCCCUUUAAGACAUGAAAAGCGAGGCUCAUCCUAUCUCAUGUCUGGCCCAGAUGGUGGCCCAGGGGAAUUUGGAGACCAGCGUCGUCGGGGCUCAGGAGCGUAUUACAUGGAAACCUACUUUAAAAAGAAGCGAGUGUACUGAGUUAAGCUCUCUCCUUAUAACCUAAGGUUCUUGCAGUAUCUUUGUUGUUCAUCGCUGCCUUAAACUUCAUUCAGACUAGCCAUAUCCUUUAAAUACGGGUUUAUGAUUUCCCAGAAGUAACUGUGUUGUGCAGCAGGCAGAAUUGCCAAAUAAAAAAUUAAGUAGCAAUAAGAAAAGAUCUCAGAUGAGGACGUUUUCCACUAGAAUUAGAUGCAUCUUAAUCAGUGUGAAAUUAACUUGCAGUCCAUUGGAGAAACUAACAAUGUUCCAAUAUUCCACGUUGUAGGACUGAGAAUAAUUUUGACACCAUAUAAAAAAGUUUGAAGCAAUAAAUGGGAUAAGUCUUGUUUCCUAAACUUUUAGAAUGAGUUUCUUACUAGCCAAUGGGCAUUUCAAUUUGCUUUCCCUAGAAGUAAUUUCAUUUAGAGAUUUUAAAAAGAUUUUCCUAGAACUACAUGGGUGCAAGUACCAAAUUUGGUGAUGGUAAUGUUAUAAAAGAUGUUCCACAUGCAAACUCAGUUAUACUCCCACACGAGUCACUUAAUAUUAAACCCAACAAUAGUGAUCGUAACGUCCAAGGUAUACACUGCUACAAGGCUUUACUUUUAAGAUUUAUUUACCAUUUUUACCUUUUAUGAAAAAGUAGCUUUGGUGAUCUAAUCUAACAGGGGUUGGCAGACUACACCUGGGGCCAUAUUUGGUCCACCACCUGUCUUUGUGCUGCUUGCAAGCUAAGAAUGUUGUUUACAUUUUUAGAGAACUUACAACAUGAAAUUUCUAUGAAGUUCAAAUUUCAUUGUCCACGAAUAAAAGUUUUAUUAAAACCCAGCCAUGCUUAUUCA